CUGAGGAUGUAUGGUUACCUGCCCCAGGCCAGCAGACAGAUGUCGACCAUGCGAUCAGCUCAGAUCCUGUCCAGCUCCAUCAGCGAUAUGCAGCGGUUCUAUGGCCUGGAGGUCACCGGACAGAUGGACCCUCAAACCAUCAGUGCCAUGAAGAGACCCCGCUGUGGUGUGCCUGACAAGUUUGGAGGCCAGAUCAAAACCAAUGUGAGGCGGAAGCGCUACGCCCUCACCGGACAUAAAUGGAACAAGAACCACCUCACAUAUAGCAUCCAGAACUACACUCCCAAGAUCGGAGAGUAUAAUUCAUACGAAGCCAUCCGGCGGGCCUUUAAAGUCUGGCAAAGGGUCACUCCAUUGACCUUCGACGAAAUCCCUUACCAGGAGAUCAAAUAUGGACGACGCAAGGAGCCCGACAUCAUGAUCUUCUUUGCUUCAGGUUUUCAUGGAGACAGCUCUCCUUUUGAUGGAGAGGGAGGAUUCCUCGCCCACGCCUACUUCCCUGGACCUGGAAUGGGCGGGGACACGCACUUUGAUUCCGAUGAGCCGUGGACCAUAGGAAACCAGAACAUACAAGGUAAUGACCUCUUCCUGGUCGCAGUCCACGAGCUGGGUCAUGCCCUGGGUUUGGAGCACUCCAACAACCCACUGGCCAUCAUGGCUCCCUUCUACCAAUGGAUGGAGACUGAGAACUUCCAGCUGCCUGAGGACGACAGGAGGGGCAUACAGCAGAUCUAUGGUCACUCCGACAUUGGGCCCACCCAGGCCCUGCCCACAGUGACGCCACGCCGCCCGGAACCUCGGCCACCUCAAACACCACCUCGACAUCCUGACCGUCCCAGAACCACUGAAAGACCAGAUCACUAUGGACCCAAUAUCUGUGAGGGGAACUUUGACACAGUCGCCAUGCUCCGAGGAGAGAUGUUUGUUUUCAAGGGCCUCUGGUUCUGGCGGGUGCGUCGGAACAGGGUGCUGGAUAACUACCCCAUGCCCAUCAGUCACUUCUGGCGGGGUCUGCCUGGAGAUAUCGAUGCGGCCUAUGAAAGACAUGACGGCAGGUUCGUCUUCUUUAAAGGAAACAGAUUCUGGCUUUUCAGGGAAGCUAACCUGGAACACGGCUAUCCAAUGGAGCUGACUGAUUAUGGUCAGGAUAUUCCCUACGACCGAAUAGACACGGCCAUCUGGUGGGAGCCGUCCGGCUUCACUUACUUCUUUCAAGGAGACUGGUACUGGCGUUUCAAUGAGCAGUCGCGCUCAGCUGACAGAGGCUACCCGAAACCAAUCAGCGUCUGGGGAUCGUCAGUGCCCUCUGCUCCCAAGGGGGCUUUCCUCAGCGAUGACGGAGCUUACACUUUCUUCUACAAGGGUUCCAAGUACUGGAAGUUUGACAACCACCGCAUGAAGAGCGAACCAGGCUACCCCAAGUCCAUACUAAGAGACUUCAUGGGCUGCAGUGUAGACCUGGACCCGGACAGAGACAAGGACACAGACUCAGGGCGUAAAGUCCCAGAUGUGAACCGUCCGCCGUUCAACCCAGACGCAGGACGUGAAGGUGACAAAGGCAAAGAUCGGGACGGGACGGAUCAAGGUGGUACAGACAAAGACACGGGCAAAGGAUCAGACGGUGACAAAGACGAGGACUACCGUGAGGGUCGGGAGGAGGGCACCAAUGAGGUUGACGUGGUGCUGAAGGUGGACGACAGCGAGGAGCGGACCAUGAACAUCCUGAUGGUAACCAUCCCACUGGUCCUGGUGCUGUGCAUCCUGGGACUGAUCUACGCCAUCAUCAACACGCUGCAGAGCAAAGGGGCGCCGCGGCUUCUGGUGCACUGUAAGCGCUCCCUGCAGGACUGGGUGUGACCCUGGACAUUAGGGGGACACUGAACUUUGAACUUGAAUCGGACCUUAGACACCCGCCUCGUCUAAUCCUAACCCCUCCAUCUCUGUGCUCAGUGGCUCCUGAAACUCUUAAUACUUGUGGUAGUAGAUCCAUACACUCACAAAUAGAAUCAAGCAUAAAUUAUGUCUUACAUAUACACACACAAACACACACAUCAUCCUAACCUCCUCUUGUCUCCCAUGGUGCUCUACAAUGCGUUGACUGUAGUCUAUUUAUAUGAGAGAAGUUUGCACUUUUUUUUUUUUUUUUUUUUGUCUGGAUUCAUUUUGUGUGACUUUUUGUUAUUAUUAUUUUUAUUUCUAAACCAGGAAGGCCGCUCUGUUCUCUCUUCCUCCCCCUUUCCCCAAUCUCAGUGGGAGCUUUUUCCUCUUUGAUAACUUGACAUCUGUGUAUGCUAUCAGUCUUGCCACAAAAGAAAGACACAUGUAAAAGGCUCGAACAGACGGGUCACUGAACGUCCGCAUGAGGUUUAGCUGUGUUCCUUCCUCCUUUCAUCGUCUUCUCCACCCCGCUCCAUCUCCUCGCUUGUUUCUGCCAUAGAGCACAGUCUUCCGGAUGUGAGAGCUGAGAUAGAACGCAGCAGGGUUUGGUCACAGCAGACAUUUCACUAUAGUUUUGACGUGGUUGUUAGUCUGAAGGUUGAAUCUGGAGUUCUGCUUGUUGUUCAUACAGACACUGCUUUGGUUUUAAGGGAUAAUUCCAGUCAAUUCACAUCUUCAUUUUGCAGUUUUAUCCGUUGAUUGUCAAAGUUGCUAGAGUUCUUGUUGUGAUGGGAUCACUCCAGUCUGCUGACAUACUCACAGGUCGAACCAGACCCACCUCUCUUCAUUUGGAUCUCAGGUACAAACUUGUAGAGUUCAUGAGAGCAUCUUGCACUGUUGUGUUGUACUGAGCCGUAAAAUGUUAACGACUCAUUUUUCAUGAUGUUUAAAUGCAGCCUCAUAAACUCUGAAUCGAAUCAAACAAACACCAAGUGAUCUUCAUGUACCGAUCAAGUCCCAAUAACUUGUGAUGAGUGUUAGAGUUUAUUAGUUAAAUUUAAUCAACCACUGGCUCUUGAGAGCUGGGGGUGGGAGGCAGUGAAAGAAGCGGCUGCAGGUGCAGCGUUAGUGAGACUUUCCUCAGCAAUUCACAUUCUAAUCGCCCUAGGACAUAGGCAAUUGCCUAGUUUGCCUAUAUGGACGCACCGGCUUUGCUCACAUCGGCUCCUCCAGGCAGAGAAAGUCCGGAGGGUCUCCCUCGGAAAUUUGCGUUCACACACACAGCCCCUCCAGAGAAACUCCUAAGUGUCUCCAGGUCCAUAUUUUUCCCAUGAUCACACCUAGUUAAAUGCUGAGAUCUGUGACUUGGGCACGCAGCAUUAUUGCCAAAAGGAAUUCAAACACUUGGCUUAAAUGAGGACAGAUAUGAAAACUAUCACCCAAACAUAAAUUAGUUCACUAACUACUCACUAAAUAAUUCACUAAAUAAUCACUAUCCACAGUCAUCUUUAUAAGCCCUAUAUAAUAAAAAAAAAACACGAUGGCUAAAUCUACAAAAAUAAAUCCCCAACACACCUUAAUUAUCUUUUGAAGUCAGACUACUUGCCCCUUGUUUUCCUUCUUUAUCUUGUGCCCACACAGCUGGACAAUAGGUCUACCUCUUUUCCUCUCCUUACUUGGAAACCAUUAAAAGACCUCUUUGGCUGAAAAGGUAAACAGACGUUUGAGGGUAACCUCUUCCUUUAGCUUUCAUUUAUGUGGCUAAUUCUCAUAGAGCCUCUUCUCUGUCAACAGUGAGACUCCAGAGGAGACAGACUAAUGGUUAAUUUAAAGUCAGCUCACUAUGAAAUAACACAGGAGAGGCCGCAUUUAUUGCAUCUCUGUGCGUGUGACAAAACAAGAGACAAAGCAAAGCCACAGCUUUUAAUUUCAGAGCAGGAUGUUGCACCACAAAACAACCCAGCAGUCACAGGGUGCAGCUAAUGUACCGAGGACCUAAUAACGGCCUUUUUACUGCUCGUGCUUUUUAAAAAGGAAGAAACCUCCCUGACAACCUGUGGUCUUUUAGUUAUAAAGAUAGCGAAGCUGUGAGCACUAGGGUGGGCUCAGGCCAUGCAGGAUCAUGUGAUCACAGACUAAUCCUCUUCAUUAAAAAACAGCAGGUGUGCGCAAAUGCUGUUCACCCCCUUGACCCCUAAACUAAACCUUGAACUUCCAGAAUGAAAACACUACCCACUCGCGUUUCAUCUCCCACGAACAGAGAUAGGAUGAAUGGGAGUGUGUGCGCAGGAAAAAUUGUAUCAUGUUUUUUAACAUUUAGCUACUUAAAUACACAUGUUUGCCAAUUCUUUCAAAUACAUGCUAUAAAAUGUUGUGUUUAUUCUUUCUGGUGUUUGCAGCCUUUGGUUUCCAUUCAUUUAUUUAAGAUAUGAAAGUCACAAAUCUGCCUAAAGAUUUUCAUGCUGUGACAAAAUUAAUGGAAACCAAUUGCUGCCAUGAAAACAUACACUUAAAAAAGGACAUUCUUUUCAAUAUGAUUGAUGUAAAUGGUCACCAGAGGUUUUUAAACAGCAGGACCAAUACCUGCAAAACCAGUGGUGUUGUCCUGUAAAAGCUUGUCCUUGAUUCAUCAAUGGCAAAUUAUGAUCAUUUCCUGAGCUCAUUAUUGAUACAUUUUCAAGAAAUUAUUUUGAAAGGAAUGUUUCAAGAUUUUAAAUGAUAAGACCAUCCUUGUUUUGUUUUUUUUUACAAUUUUUUUUUCGGAAUCCAGGCUGAAGUGAGUGAGAGCGGGUGGAAGACUUGAGAGAGUGACUUCAAAUAGGAAUAGGAAGAAGGCUUAUCUGAGGCAGCAUUAGGUAAGCUGCCACCCUGACCAGAGGGGGCUCAGCACCCCCGGCUCAGGUUACACAGAUGUGGACGGGGAGGACGAGGAGAGGCCAAAUUUCCUGCAGCUGAGACAAGGGAAGGGGGGAUGGGGGAUGGGGGAGGGAGGCUGACCUCCUCUCCCUGAGCUUGCAAAGUUUGGAUUUCAGGAACAAGAAGGGGGGGGGGGGGGGUGUCAGAGAAAGAGAGAGGACUCUGAUGGCUCUAUCCCACUGGCAACCGCCCAUGUGACCCAAAUUCUCUCUGCUGGCUCAACAACAGUGCUGGUCAGAGAGGAAACUUCAGCUUACACUAGGAGACAGACCUUUUUGAGGAAUGUGCGCUGUAAGUGCUCUGCUUGUAGUUGUCAGUUUGCCCCGUUACAUUUUUUGACUUUUUAAAAACAAACCGGCCCCUGCGUACUUAGAGCUGCCUUUGUGGUAGUGAAGCGGUUUUCAACACACCGGGGGAUUCUGCGCCCAGACACGUUCACGAUAGCAACAAAACCCUCUGGAGGAUUUAGGUGAGGGGUGGUGCAGGGGCAGGACGUAACGCAUUCACUCUGCUGCAGAGAGUGUUUUUGUUUGCAGCACGUCAUCACGUGUGUCGACGCUUGUCACCAAAAGCUCUGUUGUCUUCUACGUGUAUGGCUCCGUCCUCCUGACCCACCUGCACAGAGCAUCUCAACACCCCCCACCACCAUCCCCCGGCCAUAUCGCUGCAACAGCUCUUGGUACAGGAUUGAUUUUUUCCGGUUGUAAAAUUUAAAGACUUUCCUUUCAAAGGAGAGCAGGGUUAUGACUGCAAUGAAAAAAGGUUAAAGAGCAGUCAUCAUUUAAUUUUCUUUACUUCAGGUACAUUAUUUUUUAGUCCCAUGAACAAAUGUGAGCUGGAACUCUCAAGCACUAGCAUUUGGGCUUCUUCUGUUUUGUGCAGCUUUUAUGUGGACGUACCCAUCAGGUGCGUGACCUCGCUGCUGUGUUCGGCCUCCAGCGACGUGAGGACAGGUUGAGGUGAGGUACCUCAGCAGACAGAGUCACGGUUACUGGGACGCUCUUGCUGAAAGGUGGAAAAAAGGAAGAGCAGAUGCAGCUUCCACCAGAGGUCUGGAGAUUGAUCCGUGGCCAGUCGAUAAACGUUGCCAGGAAACGGUUUCCUGUGUCCAUCGCUCACCUCCUCAUCAUCAGGGUUGGUGUGGGGGGGCAGUGUCUGGUUGGUUGGCGGACACAGCUAAUCAGUGUUAAAAGCACCCCCUCCCUCCUCUUCCUUCUCCUCCCCCUGCCCUGCUCUUCCCCGAUCCUACAGGCACAUCAGAGAGUGCUUAGACAGUCAAGCGUCUGGACAGGCUCCGAAAAUGCAGACUCAUUGACAAAAAGUUGUGUAUCGAGUAAAUGUUGUAUAUAUAUAAGAUUUCAAUCCUCAUCUUCUUUCCUCUGUAACCUCCAUACAGAAGCCCACAGGGACAUAACCACUUCAAAGUGAAAAGCAACAACUUCAACGUUGAAUAAGUCGAGAGCACCUGAGUUUUCUUUACUUAAAAUCACAGUUUCAGCAGUUUGAGAGAUUCUCUGUGAAGGUGACACUGACUGGGAUUGAAUUCAGGACAGCUGAUCGUCUCAGGACAGCGAGCAGAGGAGGAAUGUCGAGAGGUUUGGGGAGAAAUCCGUCAGGGUUGAUUGAUGAGUGUGGGUGUGCGUGGACUUAAUCAGCUCUACAAUAAGCAGGGGCUGUUUUCCGACUGUAAAUUUCCCACACUGUCUCGAUCCCACCCCUCUUCAUACUCAGCCCGGCCCUCUAAGCCCCGAGGGGAUCAUAAUAACAACAAUGGCCUUCUCUCUCUCUCCCUCCCUCUCUUUUCACUCUCUCUUUCUCCUCCCCCCAUUUUGUCUCUCCCCUAUACACACACAAACACAUUAUUCUCUUCCCGAGCCUCACCUUCCUCCCCUCCCCACCCCUCCAUCAGGAAACGAGUCCAGGCCAAGGUCCAGCCUUACGCAGCAGAGCCUGUUUUUAGAUCCACCUCCUUGUUCAGCAACAUUCAACACUGUGGAGGGCGUCACUUAAGCAAAGACACCAUACUCUGUCAGGUUUUGAGUUUGAGGAACAAACACUUGGCACUGGCAGGUCACAUUUAUAUCUAAAGUUGCAAAAGACUUGAGUUGUUCUAUGUUAAUGCCUUGUUUGUUUCAAAGUACGGGGCCUUGAUGCAAAGUUUGGGUAAGGUUAGGAUGUGGCUGAGCUUGUGUGAGCUCUCGUCUCUUUCAAGAUGUGUUUGCCUUCCUGAUUCAGCCCUGCUGUUUUGGCUCUGAGCCUGGGAUUUAUACUAUUUUUUUUAUUUUAUUUUGUUAUAUUUUCAUGAACAUCUCAGUUGAAACUGUCACAAUCAUUCAGAAGACUGCUUUGUCUGUGCUCUCCACUCUGUAUUUGUUGUGUUCCCGCUUCCUGCGAUCGCAGUGUAUCCCCACACUGCCUAAUAACCAGAAGGUUCUAACAGCCAUUGCAUCAGCAAUGGCUGAAAUGAUGUCAAAAACAGAUGAAAAAAAACAGAUCAAUAAAUAAAACUGAAGAGAUCACAGAGAAAAGAAUCAGUCCAAACUGACAUAGAGUAAGACUGUGAUCUGUUUCACAAUCACUGGGGAUAGCUCUGUGGCUUUUGAUGGCUCAACCCCAAAAGGAUUGUGGGUUCUCCUUUUUCCCAGACUGCAUCUCACCUUGCCCAUUGAGCCCAUGCACUCUGAAACCACUCAUCAGAAAUCAUCACUCAGCCAACUCAUCCGCUCACCGUGGAACAGGACGGAACAGGAAAGAUGGCUGACAAAUGACUUUCAGCAUCCGUGUCGUCGCUUUUUCCAGAGCGAGUGCAGCGGCUCUGAUGGAGCUUCAGACGAGCAUCCAAACUGACAAGCAGCCCACUUAAAGGAAACUGCUUUCAUCCACUAACUGCCGCUACAGUAGAUUUUAUGGGAGCCAGUGGAUUCUGUACUGACCGUCAGUACUUAGCAUCUCAAACUAGGUCCUCCUUACCUUUUGCCUUCAUUACUACCUGGGUAUUGGUUAAGUGACUUUCUGAACAAAAAAAACUCAUCAUCAUCCCUGAUUGGGUUAAAAUGGUGGGGAAAAAUACAAAAAAGCAGCCAAUCAAAACAUGAGGUUAUUGUUGGUCCUUGAUGAUUUGUCUUAUUUUGAUUUUAAUUUGUGAUUAUUUUGUUUCCUCUUUUUUGUUAAUAACAUUCCAAUUAGAUUUUUUGGGAUUGGUUGUUAGUGGGUGUGGUUUUUUCUGUAGAAAAUGUAAGAUUUUAUACAUAUGUGUUGUUGUGUGUUCACCUCUAGUUGAGUGUGUUAACAAGCCAUGCUGGACAUGUACACAUUAAAAAUUGCUCUGAAAAUA